GCGUAAAAAACACCAACUAAACGUCAAAUUUUCCGACAUUUUUGUCUUGUCAAUUGAUUUGUUUGGGGUCGUGACGUUUAGUGAAAGUUUAAAAAAAAAGUCUCAAAAAUUCAGUUUAUAUGGGAAGAAGUAGGUCGAAAUCUCCGUUUAGCACAAGAAGACGAGACCGAGAAAGGGACAGGGACAGAGACAGGGAACGUGACAGGGACAGGGAGAGGGAUAGGGACAGGGACAGGGAUAGGGAAAGGGACAAAGAUAAGGAGAGGCAUCGAAGGAAACGAUCCAGAGAUAGGUCGCGCGAUCGCGAAAGAAAACGACAUUCCAUCGAUAGAGAUGACCAUCGACGUUACUCGCGCUCCAGGUCCCGAUCGCCGGUGGAAAGGCGGCGGAAAAACCUGCCCGAUAGGCCCAUAGUGACGGCGGCCGAUUUGGAAGGCAAAAGCGUCGAAGAACAGGAAAUGAUGAAGCUGAUGGGCUUCUGUAAUUUCGACACGACCAAAGGGAAGAAAGUCGAUGGAAACAACACCGGUGCGGUGCACGUUAUAUUGAAGCGAAAAUACAGACAAUACAUGAACAGAAAGGGCGGUUUCAACAGACCUUUAGACUUUGUAGCUUAAUUAUGUGUAACACAACAAUUACCUCGUUAAGACUAACCUCAAUUUCAAUUAAUAUGGGUAAAGCAACCAUACAUACGUUGAAGUUUAUUCAUUUACAAUAAUUAUAGUUGAUACAGUUUUUUAUUGCUAUUAAAACAUUGAAUUACA